CUAUUGCUCAUCUUUUCGUGAGCUCGGCUUCAUUUGCAUCGAAAGAAAUCCAACAAUUUGGGUAUCUCGGCUACUGGAUUGGAUUAACUCAGUUGAUGGAUUAACGCUUUAUUUAGACUUCGUAUUAGUGCGAUACGUCGCUGAAUUCGUAAAUCUGUGCAUUGCAGCAGAUUCAUUCGCUUCCUAUUCACGCCACUUCGAGCUGCAUAUCCUCUUUUUGUUUUUUGCUUUGAUUCUGUUUCUGCAGAGCGUUACACUUCAGCAGAAUCGAUCCUGCAAGUUAGUUUUGAGAUUCCAUUCGAAGUACUGUUUGAGAAAAUUUUGUUUUCUAUUGAGAGAAGAAGAAUUCUAAGUGUGCGACAUCAGGGGAACCUCAGCCAGCAGCCAUGGAAGUUGCGCAGCGAGCUCUCUUCGCGGGGGAUGGCGUUGCGGAGCGGUUAAUUUCACGCAGCAAUGCACAGCAGGGCUGUCCCGGAAAACACUCGAGUAUUGUCAGUGUAUCGGGGAGAAGAGUUCAGAUCGCCACUAGACAAUCUGCAAGAAACUCUCGGUUGUGCUGCUCAAGGUCCGGGCAGCUAAAGGUGUUAAGCUUGAACAAAUAUCUGAGAGUACCUCACAAACAUUCGAACAGUUUUUUGAGUGGUUCCAGUAGCUCGCAAACUGGUUUCAUAACUGCGGAUUCUAAGAGAAGGAAUCGAAUCUCGGUUGUAUCUGCAGGGUUGACGACAGAUUCUGGAACUGCAGAUGAAUCCAAAGAAGCAGAACUUGCUUCAGCUUUGCAGAAGAUUGUGUCGGAUCCGCAAGACAUUGGCUUCUCAACUGGGUCUAGGACUGUUACCAUCACUGUUUGCGGUGUCCUCAACGACAAUGACCUUCGAAGGUUGAAGUCACAAGUUGAGGAUCUUGAUGGGGUUGGUAAUGCGCGGAUUGGUACCUUGAAGGAAGGAGGUGUAAGAGGAGGUUCAGUUGCUAUGGAAAUUGACGUGGAGAAGAGAGUGCCGCUGCCUGCUUUGAUUCAGAGCGUUCAGGCGUUGGAUGAAGCUCUUCUGAUAUUACCUUUCAAGUCAGCCUCGUGGAUUUGGCGAGGAAACAAAAUUAAUUAUUCCGUGUCUGGGUUUGGCAAGCCGCUUAUUCUUGUGCAUGGAUUCGGAGGAAAUGCGGGGCAUUUUGCCCGGUUGAUUCCCUUUCUGGCGGAGAACCAUCGAGUUUACGCAAUCGAUCUGUUGGGAUUUGGCGCAUCAGAUAAACCUUCUAAUACCGAAUAUGGGCCCGAGCUGUGGGCAGACCUUGUUUGUGAUUUUGCAAAGGAGUUUGCUUCUGAAGGUUCGGUAUUAUUUGGUAAUUCAAUCGGUUCGCUAGCUGUGUUAGCAUCGGCUGCAAAAGCGGGUUCUGAUCUAUUCACUGGUAUUGUUCUAUUGAAUUGUGCUGGGGCAAUGAACAGGAAAGGUCUUGCGCAAGAUGGUUUGGCGCUUCGGCUUGUUGCACCCAUUUUUAUUGUAGUAGAGUACCUGCUGCAACAACCUAAAAUUGCGAACUUUUUAUUCAACAAGUUCCGCAGCAAGGAAAAUGUUAAGCAGAUAUUGCAGCAACAGGCCUAUUGUGACAAACAAGCUGUUACUGAUCAACUGGUUGAUAUUCUACAUCAUCCCUCGACUGACGAAGGAGCGUUGGAUGUUUUUGUGAAAGUCUUUACUGGAGAACCUGGUCCUCGACCGGAAGUAUUGAUGCCCCAGAUCGAUAUCCCUUUGUUGUUACUUUGGGGUGAAAAGGAUCCCUGGACUCCGGCAAAUGGACCAAUAGCAAAAUACUUUAGAAAAAUUGCAGUGGAACGUGAUCAUGUGUUUGUGACAACACUUCCAGAUGUUGGCCACUGCCCACAUGAUGACAGGCCGGAGCUUGCAGCAGGAGAAAUUCUACCAUUCCUGGAAAAGUACAAUUUAUAAACUAGGAAAACCUGGAACCAAUAUUUUUUUUCCCUCAUACAGAGCAGCUUAUGCAGCAUAAACCAACAAAUUACAAGACUACACAGUACCAUGGCUUCACAACCGGUACCCUACAUCUGCUUCUUUAUUAGAAUGGCAUGAUCAUUAGAGGGUCAUUCAACCAAUACCCAAUUCUGAUUGAGCCAUUUCAAUGAUUUGUAUUUACUGGAAAUUAAUUGCGCAGCACAGAGGAUGUUAAGCUAGAAAACUGAAAAGACGGUAUUGUACAUAUUGUUCACCACUGAUAUACUUGCCCAACAUAUUGUAGUAUUUUAAGCAUGUGUUUUGCAUUUCGCCCUGGGGGCUGGAGAUAGAAAGUUGGGAGAUCGCUGGCAGUUAUGGAAGCCUACUUUUACAGCUCUUGUAAUACUUGAAGAAUAUUUGUGUACAAUUAUUAUUUUUAAAAUGAAAGAGUUUGAUUUUCCUCAUUUGUAUCA